AUGGUUUCCCUUUUUACUGACAAAACCCUGAUUGUGAACAACAAAGAUAACCAUGAAUUGGAUGUGGAGCGCCAGCUCAUCCGAGCGCUGGAGAAUAAGGUGAUUCUCUUGUAUUUUGGCUCUGGCGAAUGUCCUCGAUGCCAAGAGUUUGCACCCAUCCUGAAAGAGUUUUUUGUGAGACUCACAGACGAAUUUUACGUGGAGAGAUCAUCCCAGCUCGUCCUGAUUUAUGUGUCUCUGGAUGAGACUGAAGAAAAGCAAGACAAGUUCCUGAAGAAAAUGCCCAAGAGGUGGCUGUUCUUGCCCUUUCUGGAUGAAUUCAAAAAGGAACUGGAAUUACGAUUUUCUGUGAAGGACCCCCCAGUUGUGGUGGUAUUGAAGCCAAAUGGAGAGGUCAUCAGUGCCAACGCGGUAGAGGAGAUCAAGCAGAUGGGUACAACUUGCUUCCAGAACUGGCAGGAGGCAGCCGAUCUGGUGGACAGGAAUUUCCUUUUGGCACAAGAUUCUGACAAUGAGGCUUGGAGGAGCAUCACGGAUCCCCUCCGUAGGCUUAAGUACAAGCUGAAAAAGAAAAAAAGGAAAAAGAGAAGCAACAAAGAGGAGGAGGAGGAGGAUGAAGAUGAGGACGAGUCCUCUUGA